AUGGCAAGAAUCAUUCGGGACAAGACAUAUUUUCUGCUUCGGAUACUCCAAGUCAUCUGUGCCGUGACAGUCCUUGGCCAAGCUGUCUGCAUCGAGCUAGUUGAAGACAACAACAGUGAUAGCGAUUGGGCCAAAACGCCGCAGAAAUACUGGCUGCCAGUCAUGGCACUCGCAACCGGAAGUGCCAUCAAACCACUUGCCUGGCUUUCCGCCGCAAAUCUCUACGAUCGGCAUAGGAGGCUGGAAUUGAUUGAGGUCAUUCUCGAUUUCGUCAUGGCAAUCGCCUGGUCGACAGUAUUCGCGCUAUUGCGCAUGAAUGGAGAACCGAAACCAGAGGGAAACCUAGAAGAGGUAGAUUCUCCCGUGGCCAAGUCGUUAAUUCAGCUCUGCUGGACAUUCAUGUGCAUCAACAUCGUUGUCUGGCUCACAAGCGGAACCAUGAGUAGCCGAGAGCUUUGGAUAACUCGUGGUGAAAGGAGAAGGGAACAGACUAGACGGACUUUCAUUGGCAAUGAACUUGAUGAGCAGCUGAGACAGGGACCAGGUUCUGGCUCGUCAGCUUCAGGCUCGCGAUCGCUAGGCACUGAAGACAAAUCACGCCGCGGGUACGAUUCUGCAAGGCCAAGCUUAAGCAGUUCUAUACCCGGUGAAUCAGGUUCUACCACGGUGCCAGCCGAUUUCCUCAAUAUUGGUCGUGGCUUGUAA